AGUAGUUGGUCACCGGGCUGCUGGCUGCCAGUCUGCGUCUUUAAAGGACGCCGCCGCCGCCGCAGCAGCAGCAGCAGGGCCCCCGCUAGCAGAGGCUCCCUGAACCACCAGCGCUGCUGCUGCAUCUCUGGAGCCUCCAACACCUGCAGGUGGUUUCAGAAGCAGCAGCUGCUCUGCCUGGAUUUAAGCCGUUCACAUCACUCUGAGAGGCAGCGCCGCUACUGUUUGUUUGUGCUUCCACUUCCGGGCGGGUCUGCUCUUCAUCGCCGGUGGAAGAAGGAGGAGAAGGAAGAGAAGUUCACCCGGCAUCGAUGCUUCGAGCUGGGAGGAUGGAGGAGUUUGUAACGGAGGAGGAGGAGCCGUGGUACGACCAGCGGGACCUGGAGCAAGACCUGCAUUUGGCCGCGGAGCUCGGCAAGACUCUCCUCGAACGCAACAAGGAGCUGGAGGACUCUCUCCAGCAGAUGUACAUCAACAACGAGGAGCAAGUGCAAGAGAUAGAGUACCUGUCCAAGCAGCUGGAAAUGCUGAGGGAGAUGAACGAGCAGCACGCCAAGGUGUACGAGCAGCUGGACGUGACGGCCCGAGAGCUGGAGAUCACCAACGAGAAGCUGGUGCUGGAGAGCAAGGCCUCGCAGCAGAAGAUAGACAGGUUGACGGGCACCAUGGAGACCCUGCAGAGUCAGGUGGACGGUCUCACGACUCGGGUGGAGGAGCUGCGGACCCUGGAGGAGCUGAGGGUGCGCAGAGAGAAGAAGGAGCGGCGCAAGACGGUCCACUCGUUCCCCUGCCUCAAGGAGCUCUGCACUGCUCCCAGAUACGAGGAUGGGUUCCUCUUGGCCAACCCUGGCAGCGUCGACCUGGUGGAGCGGCAGCCUCUCGAUGAGGAAAACGACCGCCUCAGAGACAUCGUGUCCUCCCUGCACUCGGCCAUGGCCUCGGAGCGGUCGAAGCGGGAGAGCGUGGAGCGGGAGUGCGCCGUGGUGCUGCAAGAGUUCGAGCAGCUGGAGCAGCGCCUGCUGGGGGCCGAGGGCUGCAAGCUGCGGGUCCAAGAGCUCGAGGCGGAGCUGCUGGAGAUGCAGCAGCUCCGGAAGUCCAGGGUGUGUCUCAUCGGGGACAUGGAGGACGGCUUGGAGACGCUGCUCGGCAACGGCCCCGAGACGGACACCCCGGAGGAGGAAGGCGGGCAGGAGGAGGGCGGUGAAGCCGAGGGAGGAGCCGGGCAGCAAGGCGGAGGCCCGGUGCGGAAGAGCUGCAGCGACACGGCCCUGAACGCCAUCUCGGCUGCGUCCGGUCGGCGCCAGGGCGGGUACCCGCUUCAGGGCAACGGCGCCCGCAAGCGGGGCAUGUCCAUCCUGCGGGAGGUGGACGAGCAGUACCACGCCCUGCUGGAGAAGUACGAGGAGCUGCUGGGGAAGUGCAGGCGACACGAGGAGACGCUGUGCCACGCCGGGGUGCAGACAUCGCGGCCCGUCUCCAGAGACCCCUCCAUGAGGGAGUACUGCAUGAGCUCAGCGGAGCCUUCCACGUCCGGGGCCGGCGCCGUCAGACCCCCAACGCCUCCGCAGACCCCCUCCACCCCGGAGGCGCUGGAGGGAAUCAGCAGGCAGGUGGAGCAGGUGGACAAGCGGCUGAGUCAGAACACGCCGGAGUACAAAGCGCUGUUCAAGGAGAUCUUCUCCCGGCUGCAGAAGACCAAGAGGGACAUGAACUCCCCGAAGAGCCGAAAGACUCACAAAUAAAACUGAACUCCCCCCCUCAACCCCACAAGAACCUAAAUGCACUGAGAAAAGCUCAAGCUAAUUUACAAAGCAUUACCUCACAGUUCAGCUGCUGAAGUAUAGGAAACGCUACUUAUUCAUGUAAAACUGCCAAAUGUUAUUUUGCUGCGCAGGAUGUUUUAUACAGGCCAGAGAUCAGAAGGUAAAGAUGGUUUUGUUUUGUUUCUGCAAUUGAAAUGUCAGUGAUUGACUAUUUCAAUUAAUAAGCCAAAUGAACCUAAAGCAGAAAGUGUGAGGAGCUUUGGACAUUUCCAGCAUGUACUUGUUUAUAACAUCACUAAAUGCUUAAAAAAAUGAAUAAAAUCACUGCAGGACCAAAACUA